UCUUUUUUUUUUUUUUGCAACACUCUGCCCCUGACAAUUCUCCCAUUUGGCCAUGUCAGGCCCUCCGUCGCGGCUGCGGGCGGUGCUCGGCCACCUCGGCCUGGUUGACAAGCCGACGGAACAGCAACAGCAACAGCAGCAGCACCAGCAGCCAGAGCCCCAGCAACAACCGCGACAAAAACAACACCACCUGCACCCCUUGUCACCCACCUUCUUCCUCGAGCGCGCCGCUUCCAUCGAGCCCGACGCCGAGGCUGUUGUACACGUCACGGCCAACGGCAAGACGCUGCGGCGGUCCUACGCCGAGCUGGCCGACCGGGCGCGCGGCCUGGCCUACUACCUGCUGGCCGGGGGCUACCGCCGCGUCGGCAUCGUGGCGCCCAACACCCCGGCCUUCCUCGAGACCAUCUUUGGCGUCGGCGCCGUGCCCGGUGCGGUCCUAGUGCCCGUAAACUACCGCCUCAAGCCCGAGGACGUGUCGUACAUCCUGGGCUUCGCCGACGUCGACUGCGUGGUCGUCGACGCCGAGUUUGUUGAUUUGUUGUCGCACUUCAGGUCCGAGCACCCAGGGGUGCGCUUCAUCGUCGACACGGACACGGACGCGACCGAGGGCGAGCUGAGCGGGCCCUUUGACGAGGCCGUGCUCGCGGGGCUAGACGCCGACAAGAAGGGACGGCGCGGCUGGGCCGGCCUGGCGCCGCACCCGGCCGACGAGGACGACGCCAUCGCCAUCCCCUUCACGUCGGGCACCACGUCGCGGCCCAAGGGCGUCGUCUACACGCACCGCGGCGCCUACCUGGCCGCCCUGGCCAACGUGGUCGAGUCGGGCCUCAACAUCGGGGAGGCGGACGGCGGCGGCGGCGGCGGCGGCGGCGGGCGCCACCGCUGCAGAUACCUCUGGACCCUGCCCAUGUUCCACGCCGUCGGCUGGACCUUCCCCUGGGCCGUCACGGCCGCGCGCGGCACGCACGUGUGCCUCCGCCGCGUCGACUACGCCGCCAUCUGGCGCCUGCUGCGGGAGGAGCGCGUCACGCACUUUAGCGCCGCCCCGACCGUGUGCACGCUGCUGUGCGCCGCGCCCGAGGCGGGCGCGCUCGAGGCGCCCGUCCGCGUCACCGUCGCCGCCAGCCCGCCGACCGCGCACCUGUUUGCGCAGAUGACGGACCUCAACCUGCGGCCCGUCCACGUCUACGGCAUGACGGAGACGUACGGCCCCAUCACAAAGGGCUACCACAUGCCGGCCUGGGACGCGCUGCCGCCGGCCGAAAAGUACGCCCUCAUGGCGCGCCAGGGCCACGGCUUCCUGACCAGCCUGCCCAUCCGCGUCGUGAGGACGCCGGCCGAGGAGGAGCAGGCGCUGCACCAGAGCCAUCAUGACGCCACUUACCAACAACAACAACAACGACAACAGCAGCAGCCACCAUCAGACGACGACGACGACGACGAAGUCCUCGUCGACGUCAAAAAGGAUGGCAAGGAGAUUGGUGAGAUCGUCUUUGUCGGCAACAUCUGCGCAAAGGGCUACUACAAGGACCCCGAGGCCACGGCCAAGCUCUUCGCCGGCGGCGCCCUGCACUCGGGCGACCUGGCCGUCUGGCACCCCGACGGGAGCGCCCAGAUCCUGGACCGGGCAAAGGACAUCAUCAUUUCGGGCGGCGAAAACAUCUCGUCAGUCGCCCUCGAGAGCAUGCUGGUCCAGCACCCGGACGUGCUCGAGGCCGGCGUCGUCGCCGUGCCCGACUCCCGCUGGGGCGAGCGGCCAAAGGCCUACGUGACCACCAGGCAGCGCAGGGGCGGCGGCGGCGACGGCAACCCCGCCCCGGCGCUGCGCGGCGAGGACCUCAUCGAGUGGGCCAGGGACCAGAGCGCCAUCUCAAAGUUCAUGGUGCCCCGCGAGGUCGACGUCGUCGACGAGCUGCCAAAGACGAGCACCGGCAAGAUCAGGAAGAACGUGCUGCGCGAGUGGGCCCGCCAGGGGCGCAAGCCCGACGAGCCAUAG